AUGUUCGUCCCUGGCAACGACGCUCUAACCYACCUCUCCGCCACCRCCAYCGGCGCCUACAAUUUCGAUCCCUUCAUCAUCCCUUACCACAUCCUCCCACAAUGCCUAACAUUCUCAGAGCUCCAAAUCUUUAAAACUCAAACCCGUCUCCCUAGACUAUUGCCUUCAAAAACCGUCAUAAUUACCAACGAUACCGCUGCCAAUUUCACCAUUGAUGAUUCCUUGAUCAAACAACCUGAUAUUUACCUCACUACUGCCGUCUGCGUCCAUGGUAUCGCCACCAUCUUCAAUUACACCGUCUACGGCGAUGCUGAUUCGACUUCGCCCAGUAACUCCCUUCCGCCACCACCAUUGCCGACCCCCGACAAAACUCUCACUCCUCCGUCGGAACUUGUAAGAAGUUCGUGCGGUUUUAUUGUAGGCGCUGAUUUCUUCAUACUUCUGUUACUAAAUUUUGCUUGUAUAUCCAAUCGGUAG